AUAUGCCUUAGUGUUUAAAAACUAGGGUAUGUCCCUUUAAGAUCUAACGUUAACGGGUUGAUAUCGGCCGACUUCUAAUAGAUGUAUUGUAUUGACAAAGCCUUUUCUUAUGUACAGUUGACUUUACCUUUGUUUUUAAAGUGAAAACAGCGACUUUACUUUUGUUUUUAAUGUGAUAUUAUGAAAAGGCGAACAAUAUACUUAGCGACUUUGACAGCGAGGCGUAGGCCUGCUUGUAGCGCGUGUUUUCUAUCGUUCUUGAAAGCCUCUGAUGAUCGCGUGUUUUGUUUUGUGUUUUUAUUAGCUCGCCACCCUCAUGCCUGGACGAAGGAAGAGGUAAAGAUUUGGUUGAGAUGGUGUGCAGAUGAAUACUCCAUAGAUCCCGUGUGUCCAGGAACGUUUGAUAUGAACGGCAAGGCACUUGACCUGCUCACUAAGAAGGACUUCAUCGACCGAGCACCCAAGUCAGGCGACGUCUUGUUCAAUGCUCUUCAACGUCACCUAAAAAGACACAGUGCAACAGUUUUGAACGCACCACACUUUCCAUCCUAUAAAUUAGAGAACCAUGAUCCUUCCAACAACAGGUCUCAAUUGCGUCAUCCGUCGCCAGCGAAUUUGAACUCGAGACCAAAUGACGUUUUACAAGUGUCUACUAGCAGUGCAUCGUUUAUAAAUACUACUGCUGUCAAGUCCGAACAGCCGUUCGUCCCCAUCCUGCCGUGGCCACGCCCACCUGCCACGCCCUCCGCUGACAGACAGUGCAGUCCGUGUGUCCCACAAGCAGUGCCAGGUAAAAGUGUCUUGACGCCAGCCUCGACCAGUCCCGACUCCAACAGCACUGUCUCUGACGCAGACUCAAUACAAACUGAUGAUAUGACGAUAGAUUUGGGGGAGGCGGACAAAGAAAAGGAAUGUCAGUCUGCUUUGAUCAAUCACCAGGAUUCAGUGAAGAAAGAAGAUGGUGAUUGCCGUCUACUUUGGGAGUUUAUUCACCAGCUGCUGAUAGACAGCAAGUAUAAAAGCUACGUGGUGUGGGAGAACGAGGCCGACCUUACAUUCCGAAUUCUCAACCCUACCGAGCUGGCUAAACUCUGGGGCCUGCAGAAAAAUCGAACUAACAUGACAUACGAGAAGCUGUCCAGGGCUUUACGAUAUUACUACAAGAUGAACAUAAUCAAGAAGGUGCCUGGCAGGCGACUCACAUACAUGUUUCUGCAGCAUCCGCGGAGCAUAAAGAAGGGCCAGCGUGGCGCGAAACCCCACAUUAUCAGGGACGCCUCUGUCAAGGCCCAGUAUCUGCUGCCCACGGACAUCAAGCCAUCCAGCGAGACCAAUGUCUGUGCGUUGUCUUUCGGUGACACCCAGUGUCUCCAAAAUGACAGAAAUCCAUUUCCGGGACCCCACUCUCCCUUACCCUCUCCACAGAACUGGGAACCUAAUCUGCUUGGAAACGCCAUGCGUCGGUCACGUGAUUCUGGCGACCAGUCAUGUGAUCUGCAGUUUAUUAAUGGCCGUUUGACGACAGUUGACUCUUCCCCAUCUUCUGUGCAUGAACGUAUUCGUCUGGAUUCCAUAAAACAUGAAUUCCCCGUGCAAAAUGAGCCGGAAGACUUGUCAAUGAAAAACGCUUUGAAACGACCCCAUUCCAGGAAUAGCGUCUUUGGGACGAGAACAGGCUUAGACAAUGAAACGUACGAGAUGGACCUUUACGAUGGUUAUGAAGGGGACUUGUUGGACUCCAAACAUAAACUGAGAGAGGUAGUUGACAACAAGCAAGGCGCCUCGUCAGACAUGUAGCGAUAGUGCAAGGAAAAUAAUGCUUGUCAGGAUAGUUUCAACUUCAAAUGCUUUUGGGGGGAAAGAAGCAAUGUUUGUUUAAAGACACCACAGUAGUAAUGGACACAUGGCUAUUGUGGUGUUUAAUAUAUCAUCUUAGCUUUUUUGGAAAGAAAAGCAGUGCUUGUUUAAAUCCAAAUCCAAACGCUUUUUUACAUGCCCACAUCCUUUAGAUUCAGGCAUGUCCGCUACGGGUCUCCUCUCUGGUAUGACCAGUGGCUUGACCCAGGGCAGAUGCUUGUUAAAAGUUUGAUUUGUUUAACGACCCCACUAGAUCACAUUGCUUUAUUAAUAAUCGGCUAUUGGAUGUCAAACAUAUGGCCAUAGAGAGGAAGCCCGCUACAUUUUUCCAUUAGUAGCAAGGGAUAU